AUGGCAGAUCAGCAGGUGGCGCAGCAAGGGCACGACCAGACAGCUGGGAGCCCAGGAUCUGCCCAAGCAGAGCCUACUAUUCAGAUCCAAGAAGCCAUUAUCGCAGACAACAAUGACGCCGACUCAGCCUAUGAAGAGGGGCUUGAACCCUCUGUCGCAUCCAUAUCACCCAGUAUUCUAGCAUACCAGGAGGAGAAUGGGCGAAGCUACCAUGCCCUUAGCAGAGGAAAGUAUGUCCUUCCGAACGACGAGCAAGAGAAUGAAAGACUAGAUGGAAAGCUGGCGCUCUGUCCCAAGGCCCGGGGUGCCACACGCGUUCUCGAUAUGGGCACCGGUACUGGAGCAUGGGCAAUUGACUAUGCGGAUCUUCACCCAGAGGCACAGGUGGUCGGCGUUGAUCUUAGUCCAAUCCAACCAGGUUUCGUGCCUCCAAACGUCAGCUUCGAGAUAGACGACCUCGAAAAGACAUGGACAUGGUCGCAGAAAUUCGACUUCAUCUUCGCGCGUAUGAUGCUUGGCUGCUUUGAGGACCUGCCGAACAUGAUUAAGGUGGCAUAUGACAACCUUGAACCUGGCGGUUAUCUGGAGCUUCAAGAUAUGGGCCUCCCUGCGCGCUCCGACGACGAAACUUUGAAGCCCGACAGCUACCUAGCUCAGUGGUGCAAGCUCUGUCUGGAUGCGGGUCAGAACCUCGGUCGCCCCGUCUUCCCGACUACCGAGUACAAGAACUACCUCACAGCUGCUGGUUUUGAGGACGUGGUCGAGGUACAGAAGAAGUGGCCAACAAAUACUUGGCCACGUGAGACAAAGUUCAAGGAGCUUGGUUCCUGGGCGUACGCCAAUAUUGCCGGUGGUCUUGAAGGUCUGUCACUGGCCCAUUUCACUCGCGGUCUGGGCUGGUCUUCUGAGGAAACGCUCGUCUUCUGUGCACAGACGAGGCAAGGCCUGAAAGAUCCGAGGAUCCAUGCUUACUGGCCAAUGUAA